GCGAAGAGUCAGUCGCAGUGCAAUCGCCGUCAGAGGCUUUUCAACGAGUUGCAUCGUCACUUAGACGGAGAGACUGAGACUGAGAGAGCAAGAUCGAGAUUAGCGAGCAUCAGCAUCAGCAUCAGCACCAAGCAAGGGCCACCCAGAUCGCACAUCGCUUGCACUCCCAGCCUUGAUGAUGUUCACUAUCAGCACAUCCCGCAAUCUUGCACGACUUCGUAUCUCUACUGGUCCCUCUCCCUCGUCUUCCUCGUCCUCGUCCUCCUCCCACUGUUUAUCUCCUCGCAACAUCUCUACUACUGUUCCAUCCUCUACUCUGUCCCGCUCGCUUACACAUCGCACAAUCGCCUCAUCUACGAUCAUCCCUACUUCUUCCUCCUCGUCGGUUCUUCGCCAACUUCGUUCUUCCACUCCCUCUACUCCCCUGACUCUGGCCUCCACACGCGGAAUGGCUUCCUCUUCCUCGAGCUCCUAUCAAAAGGUGCUCACAAAGUCCAGCAUCAACCCCCAUGUCCUGAAUGUAGAGUACGCGGUGCGUGGUGCUCUUUCCAACAAGGCUAAUGACUAUGCAGGGAUCAUUGCCGAGGGCAAGCAAAAAGAAAAGGGUCUCCCAUUCGAUUCGGUAGUGACGGCGAAUAUUGGUAAUCCUCAGCAACAACCCUUUUUGGCGCAGAAGCCCCUCACCUUUUGGAGACAGGUGGCCGCUUUAACAGAGUACCCUGCGCUGCUAGACGAGGAAGCGCUUCGUUCGCACUUCCCGCAAGAUGCUCAAGAUCGGGCGAAAGCAAUCUUGGAAGACGUGGGUAGCGUGGGUGCCUAUUCGCACUCAAAGGGAGCGGCUUCUAUUCGCAAGCACAUCAAGGAGUACAUCGAAGAGCGCGAUGGCCAUCCCUCGGACGCGGAAAUGAUCUACCUCACCUCGGGCGCCUCGGGUGGAGUGGCGUUGCUGAUGAGUGUGCUCAUCUCGGGACCCGAGGUAGGGGUGAUGAUCCCUAUCCCGCAGUAUCCCCUCUACUCUGCUACUCUCUCCUUUUACAAUGCCACGCCUGUGCGCUAUCAAUUGGACGCAAACGACGAUUGGUCCGUAGAUGUCAAAGCCAUGGGAGAGGCGGUGGACGAGGCACGGAGCAAAGGCACCGAUGUGCGAGCGUGCGUAAUCAUCAAUCCUGGAAACCCUACCGGGUCGUGUCUAAGUGUGGAGAAUAUCCAAGACAUUGUCCGUAUGGCCCACGAGAAGAGUCUAGUCCUCUUUGCCGACGAGGUGUACCAGACGAACAUCUUCCAACCCUCUACUCGGCCCUUUGUCUCUUUCAAGAAGGUCCUCAAGGACUUUGGCAAGAGCGAAAAGGAAGAGGAGCGUAGCAUUGCAACAGACGUGGAGCUCGUCUCCUUUCACUCUAUUUCAAAGGGCGUUUCGGGAGAGUGUGGAAGGCGAGGUGGUUACUUUGAGCUCUGCAACAUCUCACCAGAGGUAGAGUCCGAAGUGUACAAGAUGGCUUCGGUCAACCUCUGUCCCUCUCUACAGGGGCAGAUUGGUGUAGACCUCUUGGUGCGUCCACCCAAGGAGGGUGAACCAUCCUACGAGGUGUACACAAAGGAAGUGGGAGCAAUUCACGAUACGCUCAAGAGUCGCUCCGUAUCCAUCCGAGAGGCCUUUAAUGCUCUCCCUGGCGUAGAAUGCAACGAAGCUCAAGGAGCCCUCUAUCUUUUCCCCCAAAUCACACUCCCUUCAAAGGCAGUACGCGAAGCAGAAGAAGCCGGUCAAAAGCUAGACCUAUGGUACUGCUUUAGACUUUUAGACGCAACUGGAAUUUGUUGUGUUCCUGGAAGUGGAUUUGGAAAGGAAGUCACCACAUCCUCUGGAGAAUCAGGACGAGGGGACAAGGAUCGAUUUUGGUUUAGGACGACGAUUCUUGCUAAAGAGACGGAUGCGUUUGUGAAGCGAUUUGAAAAGUUUCAUAGGGAGCUGAUGAAGAAGUACGAGUGAGGGAGGGAGAGAACAAAGCGGGUCAUGCCAGCCUACCUGUUCGCACAGGGAGGCAGACCUCCUGCCUGCACUGCCAUUUAGGGAUCUUGCAAUUGCCAUUUUUCAUCUAGACGAAUCAUCCGACUGCUGAUCUGCUUCGUUCGUAUCUUGAUUUGAAGCCUGUAUUUCGCAAAGAAGAAUUUAUGCGAUGUAUUUGUGUAGUA